AUGGUGACGGCCAGAGAUCGAAUAGUUGAGAUUCCAGAAUCGCCAUCAGACUUUAUUAGCGAUAUCUCGCUGCUGGGCGAACAGUUGGCAGUUAGUUGCUGGGACGGGUCCCUGUCCAUAUACGAUUAUGACACUAAGGAACAGAAGGUGGCUCUGAAUACCCGGUUGCAACACCAAUUCCCGCUGCUGAGCUGCUGCUAUGUUGCUGGAGGCCACGGAAGACAGAUAUAUGUGGGUAGCGUGCAAGGCGAAGUUCUGGAGGCCGAUUUUGAGCUUGAGCGGUUUAUUCCAGUGAGCAAGAAUGUUGCAGAGUUAGGAGUUUCGUCCAUGUGUUCGUUCCGGGAGCAACUUCUGUGUGGGUCCUGGGAUGGCUCUUUGCAGGUGGUCAAUUGCGCAGAAAACAGCGUCGAUCUUCACUGGAAGUUGAGUGAUCGGUCGAAGAUCCUGGCAAUGGACUUGAAUGAAGACAGGCUGAUAGUAGCUACCACCGGGAACAAGGUGCGAUGGUUUCCGCUGCCGUUGCAGCCCAGCGAUGGGACCGAGGUUGAAUCUGGACUGAAAUAUCAGGCAAGAAAAAUCAGACUAACGCCUGCAGGCGACGGGUAUGUCACAAGUUCGCUCGAUGGGCGGGUGGCCGUGGAGUAUUUUGACGAUGAGUCUCGAAAAUUCGCCUUUAGGUGCCACAGGAUGAAUCUGGUCGAUACAAAUAUGGUGUUCCCUGUUAACGCGCUGAGCUUUCGUCCUGGAACAGAAAUACUCUACACUGGGGGUUCCGAUGGUUGUGUUUCUUGCUGGAACCUGCACACCCGGAAGAAGCUGGAGCAGCUGCCAAAAUUUAACGAGAACAGUGUCGUUAGAAUGGAGUGCAAUGACAAGGUACUCUGUGUGGCCACCUCAGACGAUUCCUUCAAGACAAGCGCAACCAAAGAUGAAAAAUUUAAUUUACAAUCGAGUAGAAUCUAUUUAGUUUUCCUGUGA